AUGAGCAUCCGGACUCCACCCAGACUCCUGGAGCUGGUGGGGCGGAGCCUGCUGAGGGACCAGGCCUUGGCCGUCUGCACCCUGGAGGAGCUGCCCACAGAACUUUCCCCCCCACUGUUCAUGGAGGCCUUUAGCAGGAGAUGCUGUGAGGCCCUGAAGGCGAUGGUGCAGGCCUGGCCCUUCCCCCGCCUCCCUCUGGGGUCCCUGAUGAAGACGCCUUGCCUGGAGACCUUCCAAGCUGUACUCGAUGGGCUUGAUGCACUGCUGACCCAGGGGGUUCGUCUCAGGAGAAGGAAACUUCAAGUCCUGGAUUUACAGGAUGUCAGUGAGAACUUCUGGAUGGUGUGGUCUGAAGCCACGGCCCACAGGUACUUACCAAAUGCCACGAGGAAGAGAAAACCCACUCAGGACUGUCCAGUGAUGAGAGGACAGCAGCGCUUGACUGUGUUCAUAGACCUUUGCCUCAAGAACAGGACUCUGGAUGAAUGCCUCACCUGCCUCUUUCUGUGGGUCAAGCAGAGGGAAGGUUUACUACACCUGUGCUGUAAGAAGCUGAAAGUUUUGGGAACGUCCCUCCACAAAAUCAAAAACAUCCUGAAUAUGGUGAACCCAGGCUGUAUCCAGGAGGUGGAAGUGAAUUGCAGGUGGCAACUGCCCGACCUGGCAGAGUUUACCCCAUACCUGGGCCAGAUGAGGAAUCUUCAUAAGCUGGCUGUCUCCCACAUCGAUGUCCCUCGCUACAUUUCCCCAGAGCAGAAGAAGGAGUUUCUUACUCAGUUCACCUCUCAGUUCCUCAAGCUGCAGCACGUCCAAAAGCUAUAUAUGAACUGUGUUUCUUUCCUCGAAGGCCAUCUGGACCAGCUGCUCAGCUGUCUGAUGACCCCAUUAAAGACCCUUGCAAUAACGAACUGUGUGCUUUCGGAACCAGACUUGAGACAUCUGUCCCAGUCCCCGAGCCUCAGUCAACUAACGACCCUGGACCUGAGUGGCAUCAGCCUGGCCAAUUUGAGUCUUGUGCCUCUCCAACUUCUGCUAGAAAAAGUGGCAGCCACCCUGGAGUACCUGGACUUAGAUGACUGUGGGAUCGAAGACUCCCAAGUCGACGCCAUCCUGCCUGCCCUGAGCCGCUGCUUUGAGCUCACCACCUUCAGCUUUCGUGGCAAUCCCAUCUCCAUGGCCACCCUGGAGAACCUGCUGUCCCACACAAUCAGACUGAACAACUUAUGCCUGGAGCUGUAUCCUGCCCCACGGGAGAGUUACGGUGCUUAUGGUGCUCUCUGCCGGAGGAGAUUCGCCCAACUUGGGGCUGAGCUGAUGGGGAGAGUGAAGGACUUGAGGCAGCCCAAGAGGAUCUCGUUCUGUACUGCCUGCUGCCCUCACUGCGGCCACAGGGCAUUUUAUGCCCUGGAGGUAAAUCAGUGCAACUGUUGAACAUCUGCCUGUUUGGGUGGAUGUAUCAAAUGCUUUCUUCUGGACACUUGGAAACCAAAACUUAGGUCUUAGGUACAUCCUCAAGGGAGCACAGAACCCGUCGUUUCAGACACGGCUCUGAAACUGGAAAAGGAAAUGAACCAGGGGCUGGACUUGGGGGAAACGUUGACAUGGAUUGGAUGGGACUUCGGGGACCUGUGUCCUAUUCAGUCAAAAAUGGGAAUCUGAAUGUCUAGGGUGGAAUUCAGGCUUGAGAAUGCAUGAAGGAGUUAGCCUGGCAUGGAUGGCAAAGAAACAGAAAUAAAGGGAAACU